AAACAGACGAAAGUUCAAACUACAGUAACCCAACGCUAAUUGCGAAUCCACCUUGUUGACCGUCUCUCGCACCCCACAUCACUGCCGUUUGUGUUCGGCGAACUCCCAAUACCCAACAAGCUCUCGGAGCAACGCGACUCGAAGAGUGCUUGCGCUGUUAACAUCUGUUUGCUUCGUUACACUCAAGGAAUACCAAUCGCCCUGCUUCGAGCCGCGCGACGCGCACCCCAGCAAGAUGGAUGAGCAUUUGGCGCAGCUGCUGGCCAACACCCAGGAUAAACUUGAAGGGCCCCGCAAGCGGGCCGAGCUCGAUCUCCUGCACGCCGAGUCGAAUCCAGAAUUCCCUUUGUCGCUCGCCCGCAUUGGCGCCCACACGGGCGCCCCCGUCCAGAUCCGCCAGUCGGCCCUGACCUGUCUUCGAAAGUUCAUCGAGAAGCAUUGGGCCCCCGACGGCGCGGACGAUGCCGGCAGUGCCCAUACCGGUGGACCUCAGAUUCCGAUCCCCGACUCGACAAAAGAAUAUCUACGCAAUGCCAUUCUGGAGCUGGUCCUGAGCCCCGAGGAUGAGCGCAAGGUCAAGGUUGCGGCAAGCUACGUAGUCUCCAAGAUCGCUGUGGCCGACUUCCCCGACCGCUGGCCCGCCCUUCUCCCGUCUGUUCUUGCCAUCAUGCCGACCGGCACCGACGCCCAGCUCCACGGUGCCCUUCGAAUUCUUCAAGAUCUGGUCGAAGAGAGCUUGACAGACGAGCAAUUCAUCAACGUGGCACGGGACAUCAUCAAGGCCUGCUACGACGUCGCCCUGAACGAGAACCGCAAGCAAACACACCGCAGCCUGGCCGUGCUGGUUUUCCGGAGUUGCUUUGACCUCAUGGACAUUGUCAAGGAGGACCACAAGAAGGAGGUCAAGGCAUUUGCCGAGCAGGUUCUCAGCGGUUGGUUGCCGUUCUUGGAGCAGGUCAUCAAGUCUCCGCUUCCUCCUUUGGCCGACGACUCGGGCUCGCAGCCCGAUGACUGGUACGGCCCGAUCGCCCUCAAGGACCAGGCCGUCAAGACCCUCAUGAAGAUCCGGGGCGUCUUCCCCUCUCUUCUCCUCCCGCAGAGCUUGGCCUUGUUCACCGCCACCUGGGAGGAACUUUCAAGACUGGCGCCGUCGUACCAGUCCCUGUUCAUUAACUCGGAUGCCCAGAGCCGGCUCGAGGAUAUCGACGGCCUCCCCUUCACCCUCGACUUUCUGGUCCUAGACGAGCUGGACUUCCUCAACCAGUGCAUGCGGGCACCACCUGUGCAGAAGCAACUCGGCGCCGAGAUCGAGGCGCGUGGCGCCGUCCAUGAUACUCCGUGGGUGUUGGAUUUCAUCGGCCUUUUGGUCUCCUACUCCCAAAUCACACAGGAAGAGGAAGGGCUGUGGGACAUUGACGUAUCGCUGUACCUUGCAGAGGAAACGGCUGUCUCGUCUAACUACACGGCCAGGACCGCCUGCGGCGAUUCGGUCAUCAAACUUGGCGAGUGGCUGAACAUGCGGGCUCUUGAGGGCUUGUUUGCUUACACUAAGACACUUUUUACGGGAGAGCCGGCUAGCUGGCAGAAACGGGAAGCGGCUCUCUACCUGUUCAAUAUCGUCUUGAACGACUUUCAAGACAUGGAGAAGUCAGUGGCUCCUGAGAUUGCAAACGCCUACCUCGAGCUCGUCAGUUACGCUAUCAAACAGGACCAGCCGAUCCUGCGUGCUCGCGGCUACCUCGUCGCCGGUGCCUUAGCCCAGACGUACCAGCCAGCUCUUGGUCUCGUUGAUAGCGUCGUGGACGCCAUCACCAGAGACGACUCGGAGAUCGUGCAAGUUUCCAGCGUCAGGGCCGUCGAGGGUUUCAUCAGGGGUGGCGUUCCAGCUGACCGGCAGGUUCCGAUCGUUCUCGCCAUCCAGCGCUUCCUGGAGGCCAAAGACCUCAGCGAGCUGGAAGACGCUGAUGACCUCCUGGUUACGCUGCUUGAUACCCUCCGCACUGCCAUCAGCAUGGAUACCAGGAUUGCUAUCCAGCCCGACAGCAAGGCUGUUGACCUCCUCUUCCUCAUUGCCAAGCACGGCGCUGCCAAUUUCCAUGUGACUCUGAUCGUCUGCGAGACCUUUGAAGACAUUGCCAGAACAUUCAAGGACAAUGAGGGGCCUCUCAAGGACAUGGAGCACCCUCGCCUCUACGCGGCCCUUUGCAGCAAAGUUUUACCCUCAAUCACUGGGACGUUUGACGUCGCGAAUCUUACUCAGGAUGACCCGCUCGUCACGCUGGCCGCCGACCUUCUCUCACUCCUCGUUCAGUACGGCUCCGAGCCACUUCCUGCCGGUUUUGUUGCCGCUACCCUCCCCAAGCUCCAUCAUCUCUUGAUGACUUCGUCCGAGGGUGAUAUUCUGCGGCCGGGCUCCGAGGCCGUUAAGUACAUCCUCAUGCACGACCAUAAGCAGGUGUUUAGCUGGCAUGACGAGAAUGGCCGGUCUGGACUUGAGGUUUGCCUCAGGAUCAUUGACCGCCUCCUCGGCCCCGGCAUUGAGGACACUGCGGCGUCGGAAGUCGGCGGUCUGGCCGCCGAACUGGUCGAGAAAGCUGGACACGAGAGGCUUGGCCCUUUCCUGCCGCAGCUUCUCCAAGCGGUGGCUGUCCGUCUGGACACUGCCCAGGCGGCCCCGUUCAUCCAGUCUCUGAUUCUGGUCUUUGCCCGGCUGUCCCUCGUGGGCGCCCAGGACGUUGUCAACUUCCUCAGCGACAUCCAGAUCAAUGGCCAGGUUGGGCUGCAGGUGGUUCUCAGCAAGUGGCUCGAAAAUUCGAUCAACUUUGCGGGCUACGAUGAAAUCCGGCAAAAUGUCAUUGCUUUGUCCAAGCUGUACUCGCUGAACGAUUCACGCUUGGCUCAAACCAUGGUCAAGGGCGACCUGAUCAUCGCCAACACGGAUAGGAUCAUGACCAGGUCGAGGGCCAAAAUGAACCCCGACCGAUACACCAUCAUCCCGGCACCGCUCAAAAUCCUCAAGGUUUUGAUCGAAGAACUGGUCUCGGCGUCAGGCAUUCAGGCAGCCGCCCAUAUGGCCGCCGCGGCAGCGACGGAGCUCGCCGAUGAGGACGACGACGACGGCGACAACGAUGGCUGGGAGGAUGAGCCCGACGAUACGCUCGACCUGGCGCUCGGCAGCACCAAGUCGGAUCUGAUGGGCUGGGCCGAGGGCGCCAGCUCGCGCCAACGCGACGACGAGACCCAGGCGUACUUGAUUGACUUUUUCAUGCGCGCCGACGCCGAGAACAUUGCCGAGUUCCACAACUGGUGCGGCAUGCUGACCGAGGACGAGAGGCGCAAACUCAAGGAGGCGGCGCACUAGGACCGCGCUGCUGCGCAUCGUUUUGGGCAGGUUGUGGCUUCGUGGCUUGCUGGCGAGCAGAUGCUGCGGCGGAUGCAUUGGAAUCCGCGACGUCCGAAAUAACGCAAUGAUCAAGAGAUCCAGUCGGACUAUACGUGGUGAAGGUGGGAAGAACGUGCGUCAUGGGUCGAUGGCCACGAAAUAGGAUUGUUGAGGUGUAAGAGAAAUACGGCGUGUGAGAGUAAUUACCAAGCCUCUGCUAUGAGGCGCGCAGGAGUGAAGAGGAAGAACACAACGAGUGUGGAUAUCAUGAGAAUCGCAUUGUUGAUAUGAUAGCUGUGGGCUAUUGCAUAAGUUUAUCCCAGGAAACAGAAGAAAUGGAAAUUAACCAAACUUAGCAGAGUCUCC